AUGACGAUACUAGACGAUACGAGCCUCUACACCGUAGGAUGGAUUGCUGCUCUUCCGAUCGAGCGCGCUGCGGCGACCGCUUUACUCGACGAACGGCACGAAACACCGCACGGAUUCAACCAGCAUCAGUCUGACACGAAUGCGUAUACGUGGGGCCGAGUUGGCGAGCACAACAUUGUCAUAGCGUCGCUUCCUGCGGGUGUUUAUGGGACGACAUCAGCAGCGACGACUGCGUUGAACCUCCUGUCGUCUCUGCCCCAAAUCAGAAUCGGACUGCUGGUCGGAAUUGGCGGAGCAGUUGCUCGACCGGACCAGGGUCGCGACAUCCGUCUGGGCGAUGUUGUCGUUAGCCAACCCGAGGGAACUGAGGGGGGUGUUGUUCAGUAUGACCUAGGAAAGGCUACGUCGAACGACUCAUGGGAGCGAAAAGGCUCUCUGAACAUGCCUCCGCCAGUUCUCCUCCAUGCGCUGGCGAGCUUGCAGGCCGAGCACGAGAUUUCACCGACAAAGGUUCCCGAUCUCCUCCGCGGCAUGUGGGCCGCCAAUCCCCAGAUGACAAAGCCCAAACCAAAUGCCCCUGCCUAUGUCCAUCAGGGCCUCGACAAUGAUAGGCCCUUCAUGUCGACGUACGACCAUGCUGGCGGCGGUACUUGCCAGAUGUGCGACGUAUCCAAAGAAGUCCAGCGCAAUCAACGCGACACGACAGAUCCAUAUAUCCACUAUGGAGUCAUUGCUUCUGGACACAGCCUGAUCAAGGAUGCCAUCGCUCGCGACAGGAUUGCAGACGACCUUGGGAGGAAGUGCGUUUGUUUUGAGAUGGAGGCUGCUGGUCUGAUGAACCACUUUCCUUGCCUUGUGAUUAGGGGAAUCUGCGACUACGCUGAUUCGCACAAGAACGAUCGGUGGCAGCGAUCCAUCUGUGAAGAUGUGAAGAAUAUUCAAUCCGUCACGGCCAAGGUGAAGGAAGGAGUACAAGACGUGCGCGCCAUCGUUUGCGAUAUCGAUCAGAGAAACAAAGACGACAAGGAUCAGAAGUGUAUGCGACACCUGUACGUGACAGACCCCCGCGAGGAUAAGAAGCGAAUCCAAGAAGCAAAGGGCCGCCUGCUCAAGGGUUGUUACGGCUGGAUUCUUGACCACGCCGACUUCCAGCGAUUUCGCGAGGAUUCGCAAAGCCGGCUGCUCUGGAUCAAGGGCGACCCUGGUAAGGGCAAGACUAUGCUCCUUUGCGGCAUCAUCGACGAGCUAGAGAAGCGAACCAACAAUUUGCUGUCCUAUUUCUUCUGCCAGGCCACAGAGACUCAACUGAGCGAUGCGGUGUCUGUGCUGCGAGGCCUCAUCUAUCUGCUCAUCGACCGACAACGAUCGCUCAUCUCGUAUGUCCGUUCCAAGCAUGAUGUUACUGGCGAGAAGCUCUUCCAGGGCAGUAAUGUCUGGUUUUCUCUGGUCGAGAUACUCAGGGAGAUGCUCCAGGAUCCGACUUUGAAAGACGCCAUCUUGAUUGUCGACGCCCUUGAUGAGUGCACCGAACGAGCCCAGCUUCUUGAUUUCAUCAUUCAAUCGUCGACAUUUCCGUCCCACAUCAAGUGGAUCAUAGCCAGUCGCAAUUGGCUAGAUAUUGAGGAAAAACUUGACAGCGCGGAACAGAAGGUCAGAUUGCAACUCGAGUUGAACAAGGAUUCAAUCUCCAAAGCCGUCGACACGUACAUUGGACACAAGGUGGAGGAACUGGCCGGCCUCAAGAAUUACGACAGUGAAACAAAAGAAACUGUUCGACGCCAUUUGGCUGCCAAUGCCGACGGCACCUUUCUUUGGGUAGCCUUGGUCUGUAAAGGGCUUGCAGAUACCGCGGUAGUCCGAAAACGGCACACCCUUUCAAAGUUGAAGUUAUUCCCACCAGGACUCGAUCUCCUCUACGAGCGCAUGAUGGAACAAAUCUCUGGUUCCAAUGAUGCAAACAUUUGCAAGGACAUACUGGCUAUUACUUCGGUCGUAUACCGACCAAUAACCUUGGAUGAGUUGAAGGUUCUUGUCGAGUCGCUUGAGAAGGAAGACUACAAUGACCUGCCACAAAUCAUCACGUCAUGCGGUUCUUUCUUGACUCUUCGAGGAGGUGUCAUCUACUUUGUUCAUCAGUCAGCGAGGGAUUUCCUGCUAAAGAAGGCAUACGACGAAAUCCUCCCUUCGGGCACCGCACACCGGCACUACGCCAUCUUCUCAAGGUCAUUGGAAACUCUGUCAAGGACUCUUCGUCGAGACAUUUACAACCUGGGCGCCCCAGGGUUUCCCUCUGAUCAGAUCUCGCUGCCUGACCCCGACCCAUUGGCUUCAAUACGGUAUUCUUGCGUCUACUGGGUUGACCAUCUCGUUGCCUGUGAACCCAAGGGAAAGAUGAGCGAGGAAACCUUACAAGACGGUGGCGUCGUUCAUGACUUCAUUAAAAAGAAGUAUUUGAAUUGGCUAGAGUGUCUGAGUCUCCUACGCAAUACGUCAGAGGGAGUUUUGGCAGUGCAGAAGCUCGAAGCUUUAGUAAGAAAUGCGAAAGCACAAGAAUUGACCACACUACUCCAAGAUGCGCGCCGUUUUAUUCUUUUUCACAGGAGGGCUAUGGAAAUCGCUCCAUUGCAAGUCUACGCGUCAGCACUUGUGUUUAGUCCCACCCGCAGUCUAAUCAGAGAGAUCUUUCAGGAAGAAGAGCCACAUUGGGUGAUCUUGAAACCACGUAUGGAAUCGGCCUGGAACGCAUGCCUGCAAACGCUCGAGGGCCAUGGCGAUUUCGUGACCUCGGUAGCCUUCUCAGCGGAUGGCCAGCUCCUCGCGUCAGGCUCGUCCGAUAAGACGGUCAAGGUGUGGGAUGCGACAACGGGCGCAUGCUUGCAGACGCUCGAGGGCCACGACGAUUGGGUGAGGUCGGUGGCCAUCUCGACUGAUGGCCAGCGCCUCGCGUCAGGCUCGAACGAUGGGACAGUCAAGGCGUGGGAUGCGGGAACGGGCGCGUGUUUACAGACGCUCGAGGGCCACGACGAUUUCGUGAUGUCGGUAGUCUUCUCGGCCGAUGGCCGGCGCCUCGCCUCGGGCUCGUCCGAUCAGACGGUCAAGGUAUGGGAUGCGACAACGGGCGCGUGUGUGCAGACGCUCGAGGGCCACGACGCUUGGGUGAGGUCGGUGGCCUUCUCGACCGAUGGCCAGCGCCUCGCGUCAGGCUCGUCCGAUACGACAGUCAAGGUGUGGGAUAUGGCAACAGGCGCGUGCGCGCAGACGCUCGAGGGCCACGGCGAUUUCGUAAUGUCGGUAGUCUUCUCGGCUGAUGGCCGGCGCCUCGCCUCGGGCUCGUCCGAUAAGACGGUCAAGGUAUGGGAUACGGCAACGGCCGCGUGCGUGCAGACGUUCGAGGGCCACGACCGUUCGGUAUUAUCGGUGGCCUUCUCGGCCGAUAGCCAGCGUCUCGCGUCAGGCUCAGACGACAAGACGGUCAAGGUAUGGGAUGCGACAACGGCCGCGUGCGUGCAGACGCUCGAGGGCCACGACCGUUCGGUAUUAUCGGUAGCCUUCUCGGCCGAUGGCCAGCGUCUCGCGUCAGGCUCAGACGACAAGACGGUCAAGGUAUGGGAUGCGACAACGGCCGCGUGUGUGCAGACGCUCGAGAGCCACGACCGUUUGGUGUGGUCGGUGGCCUUCUCGGCCGAUGGCCAGCGUCUCGCGUCAGGCUCAGACGACAAGACGGUCAAGGUAUGGGAUACGUCAACGGGCGCGUGUGUGCAGACGCUCGAGGGCCACGGCGGUUGGGUGAGGUCGGUGGCCUUCUCGGCCGAUGGCCAGCGCCUCGCGUCAGGCUCGUCCGAUAAGACAGUCAAGGUAUGGGAUGCGAUAACGGGCGCGCGUAUGCAGACGCUCGAGGGCCACGACGGUAGGGUGAGGUCGGUGGCCUUCUCGGCCGAUAGCCAGCGCCUCGCGUCAGGCUCGGAAGAUAAGACAAUCAAGGUGUGGGAUGUGGCCAUGGGCGCGUGCGCGCAGACGCUCGAGGGCCACGACACUUGGGUGUGGUCGGUGGCCUUCUCGGCCGAUGGCCAGCGCCUCGCGUCAGGCUCGUACGAUACGACGGUCAAGGUGUGGGAUACGACAACGGGCGCGUGUGUGCAGACGCUCGAGGGCCACGGCGGCUGGGUGUGGUCGGUAGCCUUCUCGGCCGAUGGCCAGCGCCUCGCGUCAGGCUCGUCCGAUAAGACAGUCAAGGUGUGGGACGCGGCAACGGGCGCUUGCGUGCGGACGUUCGAGAUUGAGACGGCGAUUACCCAUCUUUCCUUCGAUCAGACUCUCCUCUCUACCAACAUUGGCCUUCUGAACCUGAAUCUCCAGGCUCUACUGCCUGCCACUAGUCAGUCGACUGACGCAACCGCACGGGGUGUUCGCCAUUUUGGCUGGGGUAUAAGUACAGACGGUGUAUGGAUUGUAAAUGAUGGGAAGAGGAUGCUUUGGUUGCCUCCGGAAUUUCGUGGGGCGGAAGCGGCUGUGGUGGGAUCGACGAUUGCUAUCGGCUGUCGUUCAGGCCGUGUUCUGGCGAUGAAGUUUUCUCAGAGCCACAAACAGUAA